GCCCAUGCCCACCUUUUGUGCCGGCUCCAUCUUCUUCGACCCGCACGAGCACGGCUGCCAUUUCAUCGAACAAGCGCCAUACCGGACAUGGCAACCGGAUCCCCUCGCCGCCGUCCUCUGCCGCUCCUCCUCCUGUUCCUGCUCCUCUUCGCCGCCAACGGCAGGGCCAAUGCCGCCCGCCCCGGCGGCCCCAGCCCCAUAAAGAACGUGGUGGUGCUGGCGCUGGAGAACCGGUCGUUCGACCACAUGCUGGGCUGGAUGCGCCGCCUGUUGGGCCUCCCCGUCGACGGGCUCAACGGCACGGAGUGCAACCCCAAUUCCAACUCCACAUCCUCCAUCUGCGUGUCCGCCGACGCCGACCUCGUCGUCCCCGACGACCCGGGCCACUCCUUCGAGGACGUCCUGGAGCAGGUGUUCGGCAACGUCUCCGCCGCCGCUGCGCAGCCGCAGCCCUCCAUGUCGGGCUUCGUCCGCAGCGCGCUCUCCGUCAACGCGGUCCUCUCCUCCGCCGUGAUGCGCGCCUUCCGCCCCUCCCUCCUCCCGGCCUUCUCCGCGCUCGCGCCCCAAUUCGCCGUCUUCGACCGCUGGUUCUCCUCCAUCCCGGGGCCCACGCAGCCCAACCGGCUGUUCCUCUACUCCGCCACCUCCCGCGGCGCCGUCGCGCACGACAAGCUCGACCUCCUCCUCGGCUACCCGCAGCGCACCAUCUUCGAGUCCCUCGCCGCCGACGGCCACGACUUCGCCGUCUACUUCAAGACCAUCCCCACCGUUCUCUUCUACCGCCGCCUCCGCGCGCUCCGCUACGCCGCCCGCGCCUUCCACCGCUACGACGCCGCCUUCAAGGAACACGCCCGACGCGGCGUCCUCCCGGCGCUCUCCGUCAUCGAGCCCAGGUACUUCGACCUCACGGGGACCCCCGCCGACGACGACCACCCGGCGCACGACGUCGCCAACGGGCAGCGUCUCGUCAAGGACGUGUACGAGGCGCUCCGGGCCAGCCCGCAGUGGAACCAGACGCUGCUCAUCGUCACCUACGACGAGCACGGUGGCUUCUACGACCACGUCGCCACGCCCACCGCCGGCGUGCCCAGCCCCGACGGCAUCCGGGGCCCGCCGCCCUUCUUCUUCAAGUUCGACCGCCUCGGCGUCAGGGUGCCCACCAUCAUGGUCUCGCCGUGGAUCAAGAAGGGCACCGUCGUCGGCCGCGCCCUCGGGCCCACGGACACCUCCGAGUUCGAACACUCCUCCAUUCCGGCCACCAUCAAGAAGAUCUUCAACCUCUCGUCCGAUUUCCUCACCAAGAGAGACGCGUGGGCCGGUACCUUCGACCACAUCUUCACCGAGCUCGACCAACCAAGAACAGAUUGCCCAGAGACAUUACCGGAGGUGCCAUUUGAGAGACCAACUCCACCCAAAGAACACGGCUGGCUCUCAGAUUUCCAGCGGGAGCUCGUCGAGCUCGCGAGCUUCCUAAACGGCGACUACAUGCUGACGAGCCUUGCGCAGGAGAACCGUAAGAAGAAGAUGACAGUCAAACAGGCCGAUGCGUACGUGCGGCGAGCCAUCACGAGCUUUCUGCAGGCGAGCAAGCAGGCGGUGCGGUUGGCCGCAAACGAAUCUGCCAUUGUGACAAUGAGGUCGUCUCUGACAAGCAAGAGCACACGCUCAUCAAGCCCUUGAGUUGAUUCAGUCUGCUAAUACAUAUAGCUAGUGAACAGAUGGAUUUGAGUCCACGGUCUAAUGUAUAUUGCCUCUGAAAUGUUUAUAGCUGAAUAGGGAGCUAGCAGAGCCUUUUUAAAUAUAACUUUUGUUUCUCUUGUCACAUAUUACCAAUGUAGUAUAAGAGUUUUCUGUUGACCUCAAAUGUAGAUCUGCAACCUCAUUUUGAUCUUGGAUUCACGUUUUGGAGGGACACACGUAAGUGUUACAUAU